GCUGGAUGCAAUUUUCAUUUUCUUCCUGAUCCCGUGUGCUUCAAGUGAAGGGCCAAUGAGAACUUUGCGAGAAGAGCUUGUAAAUUCCUAGUUGAAGUCAUUGUUUAUGUGAGCGUACAGAGGUUUGGCUCGUGGCCCGCACUGUUUUUUCUUCUCCCUCUCUGCUUCCCUCUGUCCUUUAAAGCUGCGACGCCUUCGCAGAUUUCACCUCUCAGCCAAACCUGCCGGACACGCCGCCGGUGUCGAGUGAAAGACGUCUUCAUCUGUUCACUUCAGGGAGCUCCCAGGUCCUACCUCUCCUCCGUCAUGACGGAGCGCUUCGACUGCUACUACUGCCGCGACAACCUGCACGGGAAGAAGUAUGUGAAAAAGGACGAAAAGCACGUGUGCACCAAGUGCUUCGACAAGCUGUGCGCCAACACGUGCGCAGAGUGCAGGCGCCCCAUUGGUGCUGACGCCAAGGAGCUGCACCAUAAGAACCGCUACUGGCACGAGGACUGUUUCCGCUGCGCCAAGUGCUACAAGCCGCUGGCCAGCGAGCCGUUCAGCGCACGGGAUGAUGGCAAGAUAAUGUGCGGCAAGUGUGGCUCUCGGGAGGAUGGCAAUCGUUGCCAGGGCUGCUACAAGGUGGUCAUGCCAGGAUCCCAGAACGUGGAGUACAAGAACAAGGUGUGGCACGAGGAAUGCUUCACCUGCUUCGAUUGCAAGCAGCCAAUCCGCACACAGAGUUUCCUGACCAAGGGUGACGACAUCUACUGCGCUCCCUGCCAUGACAAGAAGUUUGCCAAGAAGUGCUUCCACUGCAAGCAGCCCAUCACUUCUGGAGGGAUCAGCUACCAGGACCAGCCCUGGCACUCCGAGUGUUUCGUGUGCCGCACCUGCCGCAAGGCUCUGGUGGGAGAACGCUUCACUUCCCACGAGAACAACGUUUACUGCGUGGACUGCUACAAGACCGACGUGGCCAAGAAGUGCCACGGCUGCAAGAACCCCAUCACAGGGUUCGGCCAUGGCACCAACGUGGUGAACUACGAGGGCUACUCCUGGCACGAGUACUGCUUCAACUGCAAGAGGUGCAGCCUCUCCCUGGCCAACAAGCGCUUCGUCAUCAGUGGUGAUCACAUCCACUGCCCUGACUGCGCCAAGAAGCAGUGAACUGCACGGCCACACCGUUUGAAAGUGGGAUGACACCAAAACUGACUUUUAGACUGUAACUUUGCAACAGAAAAAACAUUUCUCAUACAAAUUCUCACUUUGGAAGAUAAAAAUGUACUUAACGGUCAGUUUUGGUGAACGAUCCCUUUAUGAAGAUGAGAAGAUUAUUUUAAUUAAGUAUGCACUAGCUUGAAUUAUAUACGCAUACAUUACUGCAGCUUUAGUGACAGGGGUUGGAUACAAACAUGGUAACAGAUUAAGGAUAUGUACUAUUACUCCAAUAUAAUCCAGGAUUCUGUGCAGCUUUUUGAGACAAGGUCUUUUCAGUUACUGGAAUCUUUCCGAGAAAAAAAAUGCUUUUAGGUGCAUCCUGCUGCUCAUACAUACCAGCUCUGAUCAUUAAUGUUACAUCUCUGAAUAUUUUAAUGGAUUAAGAGCAUUUGCAAUAAUGUUUAGAGAGUGAAUUUAAAAAUACACAUUAGGGUUUGGAGCUUGAUUCUGAAAAUAUAAACUACUUGUGUAUUCCAAGACUGUUUGAGUGAAUUUCAGUGUAAAACAAGAAUAAAAGAGAGGAAUUGAAAA